AUGCCGAUAAAACCUGUGUUAGAAGCAGUUACGAGGGGCCGAAAUGGCGUCGGCGCCUUCGUGCUGCAAUGCAAGAAGAUGGACUUUCACUACUGCGACUGGGCAGGCAGCUCCAGGGGCAUGAACAAAUUCAUCGAGAUGCAUUUGCCCAAGUUUGCCGCAAGACAUCCCGAAAUCGAGAUCAGCGUGUCUCCUCGCCCGCAGAAACACCCCACCGUCAUCGCGCACUACAUUAAUGGCAACACGAGGCCGGUGUGUCUGAAAAAGAUGGACCCGAAUCAGAUCCUGAGCAAGCUUGAGAUGUUGCGGGACUCCACGGGCGAGAUAAACAAGAGGGUGAAGAAGCCUGUCAGGAGUACCAACGAGAGUGUCAGAGGCGUAUGGUCACCAUAUCAUGGUGAUGCGACGACAGUAUAA